UGUGGGGUUCAAAGAAACAACAAACACGCGUUGCCGCUGAUUUCAAAUCUCGUUAAGCCUAGUAAAUAAUCUUUGAAGAUGCCGAAAUUAGCAGAGCUUGCCGGGGAUGAGCAUUCCGAAAGUUCGCGCACAUUUGUCUUCGAAGAUGAGGGCCACACGCUGGGAAAUGUACUGAAAAGCAUCAUCUGUAAAUACCCGGAUGUAAACUUUUGCGGCUACACGGUCCCCCACCCGGCAGAAAAUAAGAUGCACUUUCGGAUACAGGCCGCAAAAUCGGUUCGAGCCAUCGACAUUUUACUCCGUGGCUUGCAGGAUUUGGAGCGCGUUUGUGACCACACGAUCGAAACAUUCGAGGCAGCAGUGGCACUACACCGACCGGGAUCGGAUUGAGACCGCGUGCUCCGGAUUGUUGGUCCUGAUCAGCAGUUUUGUACAUAAAGUGGAACAAUAAACUGGCCAACUGGAGGUUUA